CGUGCGUCACGGGGCUGCAGGUGAGGCGCGGGGCGCUGACCCCUCCGCUGUGUCUUGCAGUACGAGAUGUACACCAUCGAGCGGAACGCGGAGCGGACGGCCACCGCGGGGAGGCUGCUGUAUGACAUGUUUGUGAAUUUCCCAGACCAGCCCGUGGUAUGGAGAGAAAUCAGCAUUAUUACAUCAGCAUUAAGGAAUGAUUCACAGGAUAAACAAACCCAGUUUUUAAGAAGUUUAUUUGAAACUCUUCCUGGCCGCAUCCAGUGUGAAAUGUUAUUAAAGGUCACGGAACAAUGCUUCAAUACGCUGGAAAGAUCAGAAAUGUUACUCCUGCUUUUGAGGCGCUUCCCUGAAACAGUUGUGCAACAUGGGUUUGGCCUUGGGGAGGUCCUUUUAGAAGCUGAAACUCUUGAAGAACAAGAGUCACCUGUUAAUUGCUUUAGAAAAUUAUUUGUUUGUGAUGUACUUCCUCUCAUAAUUAACAACCACGAUGUUCGAUUGCCUGCCAAUUUGCUAUAUAAAUACUUGAACAAAGCAGCUGAAUUUUAUAUCAACUAUGUCACUAGGUCUGCUCAAAUAGAAAAUCAGCAUCAAGGUGCCCAAGAUGCAUCGGAUUUAAUGUCACCCAGCAAACGUAGCUCCCAGAAGUAUGUAAUAGAAGGACUGACUGAAAAAUCAUCCCAGAUUGUGGACCCUUGGGAGAGGUUGUUUAAGAUUUUGAAUGUUGUUGGAAUGAGAUGUGAAUGGCAGAUGGAUAAAGGAAGACGAAGCUAUAGUGAUAUAUUGCAUAGGAUGAAGGAUCUCUGCAGAUACAUGAACAACUUCGAUAAUGAAGCACACGCAAAAUAUAAAAACCAAGUGGUUUAUUCCACUAUGUUGGUCUUCUUUAAGAAUGCAUUCCAGUAUGUCAACAGCAUACAGCCAUCUCUCUUCCAAGGACCUAAUGCUCCAAACCAAGUUCCGCUGGUCCUUCUUGAAGAUGUAUCAAAUGUAUAUGGUGAUGUGGAAAUUGAUCGUAAUAAACACAUUCAUAAAAAGAGGAAACUAGCUGAGGGAAGAGAAAAAACCAUGCAGAGUUCAGAUGAUGAAGAUUGUUCAGCAAAAGGAAGAAACCGUCACAUUAUAGUCAAUAAAGCAGAGCUCGCUAACUCCGUUGAGGUGUUAGAAAGCUUUAAGUUGGCCAGGGAGAGCUGGGAGUUGCUCUAUUCCCUAGAAUUUCUUGACAAAGAAUUUACAAGAAUUUGCUUGGCAUGGAAAACAGAUACUUGGCUGUGGUUAAGAAUCUUUCUCACCGAUAUGAUCAUCUAUCAGGGUCAGUAUAAAAAGGCAAUAGCCAGCCUGCACCAUUUGGCAGCUCUCCAAGGGUCACUUUCUCAGCCACAGAUUCCAGGACAGGGCACCUUGGAGCACCAGAGGGCGCUCAUCCAGCUGGCCACGUGCCACUUCGCUUUGGGGGAGUACAGGAUGACAUGUGAGAAAGUCCUGGACCUGAUGUGCUACAUGGUCUUACCCAUUCAGGAGGGAGGCAAAUCCCAGGAAGAACCCUCAAAAGUAAAGCCCAAAUUUAGAAAAGGUUCGGAUCUGAAGCUCCUGCCCUGCACCAGUAAAGCUAUUAUGCCAUACUGCCUGCAUUUGAUGUUAGCCUGCUUUAAGCUUAGAGCUUUCACAGACAACAGAGACGAUAUGGCACUCGGGCAUGUGAUCGUCUUGCUGCAGCAGGAGUGGCCACGGGGAGAGAAUCUUUUCUUGAAAGCUGUCAAUAAAAUUUGCCAACAAGGAAAUUUCCAGUAUGAGAAUUUUUUCAAUUAUGUCACAAACAUUGACAUGUUGGAGGAAUUUGCCUACUUGAGAACUCAGGAAGGUGGGAAGAUCCAUCUGGAAUUACUGCCGAAUCAAGGAAUGCUGAUCAACCAUUGCAGACCUUUUGGGUGGUCCCUCCAGCUGAGUGGCAGAUGUUGUGAGCAGAGUUCAGCUCCUUCCCUGGGGCCUUCUAGCCCUCCCCUGGGGUUACUGCAGCAGGAAUUCUUACCUGUGCUUCAGCCCAGCAUACAGACUGCUGACAGGUACCACGUGGAAACACCUGCUCAUAGUGUGCUGUUUGUCCACAUGUUCUCCAGCCCAUGGUUUCAGCUCUUUGUUCCUCAGUGCUCUUUUUCAUGCUUUAUUUUUUUAAUUUGUUCUGCAUUCCUUGGCAAACCAUCUGGUUGUAAUAUUGUAACAUUUCUUAUUUUUUUUCCAUAAGUUGCCAGUGUGUUUGUGUUCAAUUUAAAAAUCAUUAUGGAUCUGGGAAAAAAAUGAAAAUUUUAUAAAAUUGUAUUAGAUUCAAUUAGCACAUUCAAUUAAGUGCUAAACUAUGACUCUUUUGAUAAAACAUGAGGCUUUUGGUCAUAAAUACUUAAGGAUGCUGAAGUUUACUUGAGCUAAAUUCUUACUGAAGGAUUUUCAUGUUGGGGACCAGUAUUGUGUUGGUUUAACUGGGCACGAGCACAGUUUUCUCCAGCCACUGGUACUAUUUUCAGACCUUGCCUUUCUGAAUAGAAAUUAAUUUGAUAAGCUAAAAUGAUGCCAUGCUGAUUAGCUAAUUUAUCCUGCUCUUAAACUGAGUUAACUACAGUCACGUGUUACCUACCCACGAGGGUAUUUUCUGGAAGUGCACCAUUGGGUGAUUUCAUCGUUGUUUGUGUGAACGUUGCAGAGUGCACACACACACACCCCAGCUGGCCUGGUGACCUGCUACACACCCAGGCUGUGUGAGUACAACAGGUCUCUGGUUGAGCAAAGCAUUGUUAUGUGGCGCAUGACUGUAAUUGUCGUCUUUACCCAAACUCACUAGAGGAAUCUAGGCUCUAAUUGAAAUGUAAAUGAGUUGUGCUGCUCUUUGUACAUGGAAACAAUCCCACCAUGAUUGGCAGGAUGUGAUAGUAAUCAUAUUUUGGGUCAGAUUAAGGGCACCGUUUGCCCAUUAGCUCACUGCCCCCAAAUGCCAGGGUCUUCUGCUUGGCCCAGGUCGGGGUUGCAGCCCUGGACCUGUAAGAGCAGCAUCUCAGGGCAGCACAACAUGGUUUACAUCCACUCCCAGUGGGACUCAGAGCCUCAACCUCCCUGACGCUGUGUCCUGGCUAUGGAUUUGAGAUGCCCACACAGAACUGUGCAUCUUCUCCAUGGCCCUGCUGUGUCACCACAUAGUUCUCUAAGAUGUCCAUGGCCAUCGCAGAGUGUUUUGUAAUAGCUUCACCAGUCUAACAAAGCCUGAUGUUUUUCUUCUAUGGUUUUGCAACCUUAUGACUCUUGUUUACUUUUUACGAUAAUUAAUGUGUUUUUAAAACAAAUAUUUUAGAAUGACUUCAACAGGUUAUUUUGCUCAGUACGUAAAAGUCUAAUGAUGAAAUUUUCCUUGCCUGAGGAAGUUAGGCAGCAGUAGUGGGCAGGGAAUGGCAGUGGAUUUUGUUUGUCUAAAUCUGCCAUGUCAUGGAACUACCACAGCUAAAACUCCUUUCCCCCUAACUGAGCCCACUGAUUUUUGCUGGUCUUCUUUUCCUGUCUUCAUUUGAUUGUCUUCAGUUUUCCGGGGUUUUGUUUGUGAUUUCCUUUUCUAACAACCACUUUGGGGGCACAGUUAGACACCACUUUACUUGUGCUCCCCCUGACCCUUCCACAGACACACAGGUCCCUCUGAGCGCCUGGACAGAGCUUUCUUCCUGGGACUUGGCAGGCCACUGGCUCUUCUCAGUGAUUCUGCCCUUCUCCCAUCCUGUGCCACCUUCUUGCCUCAGGACACCUAAGCCCCUGCCUUUUUUUUAAGCAGCCAAGAGUCUGGAUGAGCCUAACAUUCAGGCGCUGCCCUGUUCUGGUACCAUGGGGAAAGAGAUGCCCCAGGACCCCAGCAGCUGUGCAGAAGCCCUUUGGGGAGCCCCAGCUGUGGGAGCCCUGGCGUGCUCUGGAUCUCGUCCUGCUGCUGCUGCUUCUCCAGUGUGUUGGCCUGGCUGGGUGCCAGUGCUAUGUGGCCAGUGGGACAGCAACCUUCCCACCCCACGUAGCAGAACUGUGUGCGAGCCAGCAGUAAGGAUGCGUAAGAUCAGAGCUUCAGGAAUUCAACAGCAUUUCAUGGAACAUAGAUGUUUCAAAUAAAUUGUAUGGGUGGUAAAAAAACAAAACAAAACAAAAAAAUGCCUCUCUAGUUUUAAGUCUUGCUGAGCAGGAAUGAGUAGGAGUGGUUGUUUGGUUGCAGCUUUUCUUUUUAAAUUUGAUUUACAGUUUUUACUUAUAUGUACAUAGAUAUGAUGCAGGCUUUAUUCCCACUUAAGUAGUGCUGGUCAGCGAUGCUGCUGCUAAUGCCUGGCCUCUGUCUGUUUCCCUGUUGCUGACCGCAGGCACCACACGGUCACUCGAGGCAUCACCAAAGGUGUGAAGGAGGACUUCCGCCUGGCCAUGGAGCGCCAGGUCUCCCGCUGUG